AUUCAAGUGUUUUAAUGAAGUUAAUAUAAACAACAUUUUGCAUCAUACACAUAGUAUUACACAUAGACGUCUUACUAAACACAAAUAAACAUGUUUGGAAUUGUUCAAAUUAUCCUAUGGAUUUACACUAGAAGAAGUAAACUUUCGAAUAUGUCGACAUAUACAAAAAUAGUUUUCAUAAUUCUUACCAUUCAACUACUUAAUACACUAUUCAUCGUGAUAAUUUUCUCAACAUCUUAUGUAAUUCGAUCUCUGGGAGACUCAAUGGUACGAUCAAUUGUUUUUAGUGUAUUAGUCUUCAUUGCAGUUGUGACAGCAUUAUUGAUUGCAUUUGUGAAGGAAAUAAGUGAUACAUUCCCAUUGAAUGUUAUUACUUUGUUUAUUUAUCCAUCAGCUAUCAUAUUCUACAUACUUACAGAUAUAUUGCUAUUUGCAAUAACAAUAUUUAUCAGUCAAAUAACAGUUGGCAAAUUACAAUUACGUAUCUUUUGUACAGAAUAUACUUUAGCUGCAUUAUUAUUAUAUAAUAUGUUUACAACUACAUAUUUAACCACUACUGGUAUGAUUUGUAACAUAACCAGUACUUGUAAUAGUUCAAAUGCAUCCAUUUAUCCAUUCAACAAUUUACCGGGUUAUAUAAUUUGAACUUGAAAACUUAUAUAUUACAAAACAUAAUCGGUUUUCAUCGUUUGUUUAUUUAUAUCAAACUUCAAAGCAUCUAACCACCUUAUGAGAUGUUUUCUUGUUGAAUAAAGUUACGAAUUCUCUA